AUGGCGGCAAAGACGGCCGACGAGCUCUCAAAGCUCGCUCUGAAUGGCAACACCACGAAACCAAACCCUCAGAUAAAAGGUACAAACGGCGUCAACGGCCAUUUAUCAGAUCAGGAUGACUCCGACGAUGACAAGGAUGACGAGGCCACCGCCAAUGCCGGAGGCGCGGACGGUAACACUGCCAGUGGUGCUGCAAAGAAGAAGAAAAAGAAGAAGCCAAAGAAGAAGAAGGCCACCGCAAAGGUCCAAUCUGACCCGCCCCGCGUGCCCCUCAAAGAUCUCUUCCCUAACAACACAUACCCUGUUGGCCAGGAGGUGGAAUACAAGGAUCACAACGCAUAUCGCACAACAAACGAGGAAAAGCGCCACCUUGACCGUAUGAACAACGAUUUCCUUCAAGAAUACCGCCAAGGUGCCGAAGUGCAUCGCCAAGUGCGUAAAUGGGCGCAGGCGAAUAUCAAGCCAGGAAUGUCCCUCACGGAGAUUGCGGAGGGGAUUGAAAAUGGCACUCGCGCUCUCACGGGGCACUGGGGACUUGAAGAGGGUGACAAUAUCAAGGGCGGUGUAGGCUUUCCGACAGGGUUAAGCAUCAAUCAUAUCGCGGCACAUUACACCCCCAACGCAGGCAACAAGUGGAUUCUGGGAGAGCAGGACGUCAUGAAAGUCGAUUUUGGUGUUCAUGUCAAUGGCAGGAUUGUCGAUUCCGCAUUCACCAUGUCAUUUGAUCCCAAAUACGACAAUCUCCUGGCCGCGGUCAAGGACGCCACCAACACCGGUGUGCGUGAGGCCGGGAUCGAUGUGCGGGUUGGCGACAUCGGCGGUGCGAUCCAGGAAGUCAUGGAGUCAUAUGAAGUCGAGCUCGAUGGAAAGACUUACCCUGUCAAAUCCAUUCGAAAUCUGAAUGGGCACGAUAUUGUCCAACACAGCAUCCAUGGCGGCAAGUCCGUUCCCAUUGUCAAAAGCCAUGAUCAAACAAAAAUGGAGGAGGGCGAGAUCUUCGCAAUCGAGACGUUCGGAUCGACUGGCCGUGGAUACGUGACCGAUGAUCUGGAAGUCUCUCACUACGCGCUCCGCUCUGAUGCGCCAAAUGUCCCCCUGCGUGUUCAAUCUGCAAGGAGUUUGCUGAGUGUCAUCAAGAAGAAUUUUGGAACUCUUCCGUGGUGCCGACGGUAUUUGGACAGACUGGGCCAGGAGAAGUACUUGCUCGGACUGAAUAAUCUAGUUAGUUCAGGCAUUGUGGAAGCAUAUCCACCGCUAGUGGAUACCAAGGGCAGUUACACAGCCCAAUUCGAGCACACUAUAUUGCUUAGGCCCACGGUGAAAGAGGUUGUGAGUCGGGGCGACGACUAUUAG